AUGCGUCUCUCCAAGACACCAUUGCUCGCUGUUCUCGCGGCGAUAAGCUCGUUGACGUCCGCUGUCAACGCUGAAGUCAAGUGCCACAACCAAGGCAUCCCCUUCACCGUCAGCGAGGCAGACUCCGCAAUUUCCGCAAUUUGCGCCAACCUGUCCAACAACGACCAGCCGGGCCAGGACGUCCGAGAAUAUACACACGGCAACAUAAAGAUCGAGGCAAAACUUCACUGCGUGCCGCUGAACUCGAGGUGCCUGGGUGUCCUCCGCGAGAUCAUCGAGAAGUGUGAUCAGGGGUCGGAACAGAAGUACGGUGGGCAGUAUCUCGGCGAAUAUUGCGGGGAUUAUACGAUCACUGGGAUUCAGAAAGGUGCUUAA